AUGGAUGGAAGCUUUCCUUCGGCUGAUUGCCGAGUUCUAGAAGACAUUGAUGCAUUGAUUGACAAAGAUUUGUUCAGAAACCAGUUGCAGAACUCAAUUGCACUUGAAGAGGAAGCUAAGGUUUUAGUAUCAGAAAUUGAAGAUCACAUUGUGGACACACUGGUGCAUGAAAUGGCCCAUGGAAGCGUUUGAUUGAUGGUGUGCUAUUUCCGUAAAGAUGGUGAUGAAUGCUAUUCUUCGGAUCUGAGCCACUUAUCCAUGGUGGUGGCCUUUUUUGUAAAUAGAGAAGUCAAAUAGGGGUAGACGUGGAGUUUCAUUGGUUGUUCUUUUUCAGAGAAAAAAAAACCCAGCAUGG